AUGCGCCUUUUGCCAUGCUUGGACGAAACGUCGUAUCAGCUGGACUCUCACCGUAUCAACUUUCCAAACACGGCUGGUGCAGAUAAUCAAAACAAAAACGCACUUGUUCGCUAUCUAGGUCUCGCCGCAUGCACAGCGCAAGUCGGGCCCGGAUUUCCCGACAUAUCGCGUGAGUUUGGAGGCCUACGGUGCUUACUUCUCAGCGGAUUCCGAAUUCGCCAGCGUGUCGACCCUGCGGUAACGCCACCUCUUCUACAACUCGAAGAGAUUACCAUUGUGGGCGACGAUAGCUUCCCUUACCUCGACGACUGGCUCUGCGGCUCGCCCCGUCUGCGUACACUUUGCGUGGCAUCCAUCUGGGAUCAACAGCCAUCUCCUCCGGUGAGAGUCUUGAGGACAAAGCGCAUUCAUUACAUCGCCAUCGCUGGGUGCUACACGGAUCAUAGCUACCACCUAUCGUGGCUCGGCAUUUCCGACGCUCUCCGGAUUUUAAACGUCUCUGCGGACGUCUUCCAUAGUACCUAUCCGCAGUUCCCAACCGAAUUGGCGGAGAUGAAGAUUUGGGUUGUUAAAGGGAUACCCCUCAACACAGACAUGUUUAUCCAAUACCUUGAGGGUGGUCCAAGGAUUGGAAGACUGAUUCUCGAGGUGGAUGUCCACCUGGAGAGCUUUUCAAACGCAAAGGAAAAGAUCAUCGAGGUCUGUAAGCGGAAAGAGAUUCCGCUAUGCAUUGACGUUGGACAAUGUGACUGCGAAGCGGAGAUAAAGCCAGAAGAACCUCCAGAAAUCCCGAAAGGAAAGGUUUCUCAGUUAUGGUUGCAGACACUGGCGGCUGCGAAACAUAUCGUCGGAAAGCAAAAGGAUCCAGUCGUUAGUGACGAAGAGAGGGCAAUCCUUGAGUGGGAGACUGAUCAGCAGCUGCCAGCCAGUCUCUGA